UGUAUAUAUAUACAGACGGGUUGGCAAGCAAGUAGUGUACAGUUUCCAAUCAAGGCUUGCUCUCGAAGUAGGCGCGCUGCGGGAGAGUCUCGAGCGGACGAUCAGUGACGUGGGACGACGGCGCCAUCGCAUCGCAUCGCUCCGCUCCGGAGUGUUGCCGGUCGAUCGAGCUCCUCCCCUGCAUCUUCAGCGGCGAAGAGAGGAAGAAGAUCAAGCCGGAGAUUACCCAUCCCGUCGAACGGCGUGCUGAAGCUGUACCUUUCGAGCGCGAGAGCGAUGGCGCGCAGCUUGCUUCCAGCGAUGGCGGUCAUGGUGGCUUUGUCCAUCGUGACGAUCCUGAGUGUUGCCACGCCUGCCUUCGCAGGCCCACCGAAGGUAGAAAUUUCAUUGGUCGUUUGGGGCGGCACCGGUUGCAGCUAUAGCGAUAGCAGCGCUGCGUUGCCUCCCCCUUACGACGUUCUCACAGUCCUCUUCGGCAAUAUGAUCGCCACCACCGAUAAGGGCUUGCCGGAUACGCGCAAGUUCUGCCAGUUUUCCUUCUCGCUGACUUAUCCCAAGGGCUGGAGUUUCACACUGGGCACCGUCACCGGCCGCGGCUUCCGGGACGUCGCCGCCGGCUCCACGGGCUUUUACGAGACGCAGUUCUACUUCUCCGGCCAGCAGGGGACGCCCACCAUAACGCGCACCUUGCCCGGCCCUCAGAAAGGCAACUUCGAGUUCACCGACGUGUUCUUUACGGAGGUCUACAGCAAGUGCAACGACGUUCCCAACCUGAACAUCAAGCAUGUGGUCCGCGUGGAGGGCGCCAAGGCCCUGGUUGGGCUCGAUUCGUCGGACUCAAAGUUCGAGCUCCUGUUCGCUUUCAAGUGGAAGAAGUGCUAACUCUGAGAAGGCAGCAUUUCGUGCACCGAGCGGGAGGGAGCGGCAGCAGUCGUUAUGAUCAAGCACCAGGGAUGGAGGGAGCAGAUGGAGAGAGGAGGAGAGGAGCUGCCGACCGGUUCACACGCAAGCGAAUAGCUGUAGAGGAUGGCGAUGCACAAUAGAGUGUGUGGGUGCAGCCAGAAUGGCUGGGUUCUAAGUAUGAGGUGAGAGGGGGUCAAUGUUAAGUUGAAGGCCAUCCGCGGCGCGAGACUCAGACGCUAGACGAAGUGGAGUGGACGAAGUAGACGAAGUAGAUGCCGCACUGCUCCCAUCUGGAAAAGCUCGGUAGCUGGUAGAUCAAUCCAGGAUGCUAUACCCCUAUUGUGACCCUGUCUUAUCGUUGUCAUAUCUGUCAUGGGUGACCAGACUCCUUGCAUCCUAUAUGUAACUUGUGCCAAACGGCCAGACUCUAAGCAGGACGAUCAGGUAUGCUUGCUCCAUCCUCCUCUGAAAGACAAACAGACUCUCGUCAAAUCCUCUCUCUCUCUCUCUCUCUCUGUGUGCUUAUGUUUUCUUUUUUGUUUGUUUUUUAUUUUUAUUUUUAUGUGUGUUGUCAUAUUCGCUAUACACUCACAAAAAGCAUGACUGUGCCAGAGAGACUGUUUCGUCGGACUUUCACCGACUCAUGAGGAGGUUGAGUGUGUGUGUGUGUGUGUGUGUGUGUGUGUGUGUGUGUGUGUGUGUGUGUGUGUGCGCGCGUGUGUGUGAUUACGUGUUGUUUUGAUUAGCGCUUGUCAGGGCGUUUCAAGCAGUAGAGGAGGAGGGAGCUAAUGAUCUCUUUAAAUGUCCUUAAUGUUUGGUACCUCAGGUGUGUAGUGAUGUCCUGCUUCCCUAUUUUGUGAGUGAUGUCCUGCUUCCCUAUUGUGUGCCCAUUUGCCAUCGUCGACGAGCAUCUACCGAGCAUCCACCGAUUACCGUGAUAGAUGCGAGCAAAAAUGAUCCAGCACUGGGUUUAUUAACUGAGAACGUGAAAGUGCCUCGGCAGGAGGAGGCAUCCUUAGACCCAUAGCCACAUUAGCUUGGCCAAGAGAGGGUCGCCAGCUGGUGGUGUCCGUGAGAAUAGGGAAAUGCCUCUCUUGGGGGUGAGCAGAGAAGAUUUCAAGCUUGGUGGCUCUGCACUUGCACGCAGCAGAGGAAGGACGACCGUCACUCACUCCUCGUUGAACAUCAUCUCUAGCAUUCGAGUUGGUCAUUUCACUGAGGUGCACUCCACAAGACUUGUAAUAUCCUCUGCUCUUGGUCUAAUGGCAUUAGUCCCUCUCGAAGGAGAUCUACGUUUGAUAUAAAUAUAUAUAUAUAUAUAUAUAUAUAUAUAUAUAUAUAUAUAUAUAUAUAUAUAUAUAUUUAUGUGUGUUCUAUGUCUCAUGACUCUCAUCUAAGUGUGUUCUACGUGUGAUCCUUUUUUCUUAUUAUUUAAUUUUAAACCAGAGGCCUAAGUGUGAUCUACUUGUGCUCUAAAUAUUUGUUCUACGUGUGAUUUGCAUGUGAUCUAAAUGUUAGCUAAUUGUGAUCUAAGUUUGAGCUAAGCGUGCCCUAACUGUGAGUUGAGUGUGAUCUAACUUCUAAGUGUGAGGAUCCUGCCACCUACAUCCUCGAACAGAAAAAAAAAAGGGAAAACUAAGGCGCACUCAGGGUUUGAGUUUGUAAAAGCAAAUAAAAUUUAAAACUUCGU